CCCUUUCGCUCGGUUGUCUCAGUGCUGAUCUCCGCUGACUCGCAUCCCCGCCGCCCCUUCCCUCGGCCUGGCCAGGCCAGGCCCUCCCCGGGCCCAUCCAGAUCUCCCAGCGCGCCCCCGUCCCCCAUUCGUUUUAUCGGGGGCACCGCCGUCUCACCUGGUAUUUGCAUCUCGCCCUCCAACUUGCCAUUGGCGGCGCGACGUGUGGGAGAGCCGUGCGCCUCACCCGCCCGGACCAGCUUGCCCCGGCGCCGAGGUUGUACUUCGGAUCGGUCCAGCCCAGCAUGCAGCUUUGAAACUUAAAAGAUAGGCCACCACCUACUCCAGGAAAGCUCUGCAGUGCCUGGGGAAUCUCACUGUCAGCUCUCCUGGAGGACGUCAUGGCUAUUACCUUGCCACCUAGUGACCUGGUCUUUGAGUUUGCAAGCAACGGGAUGGAGGACAUCCACCAGAUGUCCUGAUUGGAUGGUUUGCUGCACACUCAGGGCUACCUCCCAUUCUCCUUUCACAAAAUGGACCAAGACAAGCAGCUGGAAGAUCCCUCCGUGUUCCCAGCUGUGAUCGUGGAACAGGUUCCCUACCCCGAAUUACUGCAUCUGUACUCAGGACUGGAGUUGGACGACGUCCACAAUGGCAUCAUAACAGACGGGACAUUGUGUAUGACACAGGAUCAGAUCUUGGAGGGCAGUUUUCUGCUGGCAGAUGACAAUGAGGUCACCUCACCUACCAUAUCCACCACCGAGGUCUUACUCAAUGUGGAAUCUCCCAACAACAUCCUGGAUGAGAAGCAAAUGUUCAACACCUCUGAAAGGCUUCCAGAACCAGAGCCUGUGCCAGCCAUCACUCUGCCCAACUACCUGUUUCCUGCCUCUGAGCCUGCUGCUCUGAAUAGAGUGAAUGACACUGGUGACCAGGAGAAGCUUUCUCUGGGGGAGAGGGUCCCCAGAGAAGAAAGUGUUAAGAAGAAAUCAAAGAAGAGAAUCCGCAAGACAAAGGGCAACCGAAGUACCUCACCUGUCACUGACCCCAGUGUUCCCAUACGAAAGAAAUCAAAGGAUGGCAAAGGCAGCACCAUCUACCUAUGGGAGUUCCUCCUGGCAUUGCUGCAAGACAGAAACACCUGUCCCAAGUACAUCAAGUGGACCCAGCGAGAGAAAGGCAUCUUCAAGCUGGUGGACUCCAAAGCUGUGUCUAAGCUGUGGGGAAAGCAAAAAAACAAGCCAGACAUGAACUAUGAAACAAUGGGGCGGGCACUAAGAUACUACUACCAAAGAGGCAUCCUGGCCAAAGUGGAAGGGCAGAGGCUAGUGUAUCAGUUUAAGGAGAUGCCUAAGGACUUGGUGGUGAUUGAAGAUGAGGAGGAGAAAGAAGCCCCAGAAGCCCCACCUCAGGCCUCCACUUCUUCCACCAGCACCAACCGACGAGCCAGCUCGAAAGUUUCAUCCAGAGGUGCCUCCCAGGGAAAGGCUGGGCCCUGCUGGGACAAGUCAAAGGUUCAGCACGUUGGUCUCCGACCAUCUGCAAGUCUGGAAUUGGGACUGUCUCUAGACGACGAGAUCCCCACUACCUCCACCAUCAUUAUCUCUCCACCAGAGAGCCAGGCCAAGCUCACCAAAGCUGUGAGUACUUCAGCAGUGCCCAGCAACAUCCACCUGGGAGUGGCUCCUGUGGCAUCAGGCUCCACUGUGACCCUGCAGACCAUCCCACUGACGACGGUGCUGACUAGUGGGCCUCCAACCAGUACUACUGCUCCCACUCAGCUCGUUCUUCAGAGUGUGCCACCUGGGUCAACAUUCAAGGAGACCUUCACUCUGCAGGCCUCCUUCCCUCUGAACACCAGUUUCCAAGAGAACCAGGUGGCAGCACCCGGGACCCCACUGAUUCUCAGUGGCUUCCCUCAACUUCUGGCUGGGGCCAACCGUCCAACCAACCCAGCAUCAGCCGCAGUCACAGGUGCAGCUCCAGCAGGGCCGAGUUCUCAGCCUCCUGGGACUGUCAUUGCUGCCUUCAUCAGGACUUCUGGUGCCACAGCAGUCCCUGGGGUCAAGGAGGGGCCACUGAGGCCCUCAUCAUAUGUGCAGGGCAUGGUGACUGGGCCCCCCAUGGAGGGGCUCUUGGUUCCUGAAGAGACCCUGAGGGAGCUCCUGAGAGAUCAGGCUCAUCAGCCACUUCCAACCCAGGUGCUUUCAAGGGGUUCCCACAAUGCGAGCCUUAUGGGGAACCAGACUUUCUCUGCCCCCAGCUGCCCCACUGUUGGGCUGACCCCAGUGGCUGAACUUGAGCUCUCCUCAGGCUCAGGCUCCUUGUUCAUGACUGAGCCUAGUGGGACCACAUCUGGGAGUCUGUUGACCAGAUCUCCAACCCCAGCCCCCUUCUCCCCAUUCAACCCCACUUCCCUCAUUAAGACAGAGCCCCAUGACAUAUAAACAAAGGGAUCGGAAGUGUGACCCACUAGAUGAAGCUGGGCACUGUUUUCAUAUGGACUGACUUGAGUAGCAUAUCUGCCCUUACGUUUCAUGGGACUGAAUACACGUGAUUCCCCAGUCCCCCAGCCCUCCCUGACAUCACCGUGAUCCAGCUCUGCCCCAGACCAUGGCUUUCAGGAGCACUAGGGGUUAUGCUCUUGGCACAAUAGUGGGCUGAUUUGGUGAUGGAGGGAAAACCCUGAGCCAGGGAGAAGUUUGUGGCCAGGGAUGAUGAAAGGAUUCAUGGGAAGAAUCUGGCCUGGCUGUAUCUCACCAUAUAUAUUCCCUCCAUAGGGAAGUUAGUAUCCUAUAUGUGAAUAUCUCUGUGUAUUUGUGUGUACCUGUGGGGCUUUAGUUUCAUUUAUUUGGGGAAGUUGGGGUGUAGCAGCUGUAAGGUCUUAUUUUUCAAGUGUGUGUGUUUUGUAUGUGUCCCCCCCCAGGAGGAUUUUUUAAGGGAAAACAUUUUCUGAUUCUGUUUGUACAAGUCACACUCUGAUUGCUGAGACUCUGAGGUACAGGUUAGACCUCAAAUCUUGAGAGAUGUCAUGGGGCUAGAAUAUGUCCAUCUAGGAGAGCUUAGCAGGUUGCAUGUGUUGGGGGAGAUGCAAUCCUGAGGGCCAAUUGUCUGACCCACAGAGGGAGGGAGGAACUCAGCCCUGGGAGCCCCCUCCUCAGGCUCCGUGAACUUUCUUGUCCUGCAGUUUGCCUCGUACCUGCUACCAUCACCAUAAUGGUAGGCUGGAGCCUCUAGUGUUUUGGUGAAGGAUUAGUACGACAAAGCACCUCCCUAGAGUCAUAGAGUCCUCAGCCAGUGCUGAGUUCAUUGAAGGUUUGUGACCAAGUGCUUAGAUUGUUUGUGCAAGAGCAGUUGCAUACCAGGCAACAGCUUUUGCUGGCACGCUUCCCUCUGGGGGCCCCAUUGUUAAGUUCCCUCCUCAUUACUUUCUCCCUGGGAUUUUCCAGCUGUCAGGCAUUCCUGGGGCUAUUCCUUGUUCAGCUUUCUCCUGCCAAGUUUAAGGGCAAAGCUAAGAAGUGUCCGGCUCAGAAACACCUGUUUUCUGAUGAAUUCGGUUAAUGUGAAUCAGUGCAUCAGGACUUUUGCUACGUCCUCAGUGCCAAAGCAACCAUUGACCUAACUACCUCUCCGGCUGCUCUCUUCUCUCUUCUCCGGAUCAUCAUUCUCUCCCACACUCUCUUCUCUCUGUUUUUCUCUGGGGGAAGGAACUAUGUAUGGCUGUGCAGGUGCAUUUACUACAUGUUUCCAGCAGUUGGCAUUGAAGUACCUUUUUUCUAAUAAAAGCAGUUUGUUA